AAACACGUGUUUCACUGGGACAAUAGUGAGUGGUGCACACUUCCUUCGCCCGGCCACAGAAGACAAAAAAGAGUUGCUGGUGUAACAAUAGGAAGAAUAUAUUCCACUCCUCUCUUGUACACGCGGCUUAUGAGAUGAACGCUCGUCAAGAAGAACGUCCCCUUCAGCAACAGGAGGAUCCACAGCCCCCCCACAUUAAAGAGGAAGAGGAGGAAGUGUGGAUCAGUCAGGAGGGAGAGUGUCUUGUAGGGCAGGAGGAGGCUGAUGUCAGCAAGUUUCCACUGACUGUUGUCUCUGUGAAGACUGAAGAGCAUGAAGACAAACCACCUGAGUCCUCACAGCUUCAUCACAGUCCAAACGUCUGUGAAGAACAUCUUCUCCCUGAGCAACAGAAGUGGAGCUUCAGGAUGGAGCCACAGCCCUCCCACAUUAAAAAGGAAAAGAAACACCCACUGAUCCCCCAUUUUAAAGCGGAAGAGGAUGACCCACUGACCACUCACAUCAAAGAGGAAGAGGAGGACUCAUUGACCCCCAAUUUUAAAAAGGAAGAGGAGAAGCCACUAAUAACCCAUUUUAAAGAGGAAGAGGAGGACCUACUGACCCCUUACUUUAAAGAGGAAGAGGAGGACUCAUUGACCCCCAAUUUUAAAAAGGAAGAGGAGAAGCCACUAAUAACCCAUUUUAAAGAGGAAGAGGAGGACCUACUGACCCCUCACUUUAAAGAGGAAGAGGAGGACCAAGAGCCGCCGCACAUUAAAGAGGAAGAGGAGGAAGAGGGCAUCAGUCAGCCUAAAUGGUUGGAGGAGUUCCCAGUGACUGGUGUCCCUGUGAAGAGUGAAGAUGAUGAGGUGAAAGGUGAAAGUGAGGAGAGGGGAGGGGGGGAGCCUCCAAGCAGCAGCUCAACACAACACAUGACAACAGAAGCUGAUGGAGACCACUGUGGAGGAUCACAAGCAGACAAGCUCUUAGCUCCACUAUCAGAUAGUGAGGACACAACGUCACACUCUCCUGACACUGAUGAUGAAGACUCUAAAGAUGAUAAGACAUGUCACACUGACAACACUCACUUCACAUCUUCUCACUGUCACAAAACUUUUAAAUACCAUUGUCGUCUAAAAUCACACAUGAGAACACACACUGGAGAAAAACCUUUCUCUUGUUCAAUCUGUGGUAAAGGUUUUACACAAAGUAUCAAUUUGAAAGUACACAUGAGAACACACACUUGUGAAAAACGUUUUUCCUGUUCAACCUGUGGUAAAGGUUUUACACAAAGUCAGAGUUUGAAAAUACAUAUUAGAACACACACUAGAGAAAAACCUUUUUCUUGUUCACUCUGUAGUAAAGGUUUUACACAAAGUAUCAAUUUGAAGGUACACAUGAGAACACACACCAGUGAAAAACCUUUUUCCUGUUCAAUCUGUGGUAAAGGUUUUAGAGAAAGUCAACAUUUGAAAAGACACAUGAGAACACACACUGGUGAAAAACCUUUUUCAUGUUCAAACUGCGGUAAACAUUUUACUCAGAGGCCAGAUUUAAAAGUACACAUGAGAACACACACUGGAGAAAAACCUUUUUCAUGUUCUAUCUGUGGUAAAGGUUUUACAAGAAGUCAACAUUUGAAAGUACACAUGAGAACACACACUGGAGAAAAACCUUUUUCAUGUUCAAUCUGCGGUAAAGAUUUUACUCGAAGGGAAAAUUUCAAAAAGCACAUGAGAAUACACACUGGAGAAAAACCUUUUCCUGUUCAAUCUGCAGUAAAUAUUUUGCGCAACGGCACUAUUUGAAAGAACACGUGAGAACACACACUGGAGAAAAACCUUUUACAUGUUCAGUAUGUUGUAAAAGUUUUUUACAAAGUCAGCAUUUGAAAAGACACACGAGAAGACACCCAGGAGAGAAAGUGUUGAGUUGCAGUGUGUGUGGU